AUGUUGGUCGUAUACGCUGUAAGCGACAUGGAGCUGAACCAACACGUCAUUCGCCAAGUCGCACUGCCCUCGGCUGCCGAGUACACGCAGCCGCCGGCAUGCGACUCCAUGCAAGCCGCGGCCGCAGCAACAGCGUACCCGGAUCAGGAGUCGUCGACCGAAGACACCCUCUACUGGCAAUCCUCCAUCCUCAAUCCCAAGAACCGCGUCGACUCCCUCGACCUCCCCCGCGACCCCUGCUGGCGCAUCGACGGCUGCGCCGGCUACGGCACGCAGUUCCACGCCGUGCCGCUCUUCCUCGGCCCCGGGCCGGUGCCGCCCCAGCGCAUCGACGUCUUCAUCCCCGACCACGCCCGCGUGCCCUCGCCCGCCCUGCGCCGCGUCCUGGACCUCAGCACCGCCUUCCACACCCGCGAGGGCACCGCCACGCGCCGCCUCGGCAUCGCCCGCCACCUCGUCCGCUGCCUGCAGCACUGGACGGCUACGCACCCGCGCGAGGCCCUCCGCUACCACGCCUACCCCUUCGGCUCGCGCAUCGUCUUCCACAACGUGCCCGUGGACGCGCGCGACGCCCUCAUCUCCGUCGCGCCCACGCACCACCUCGAGCGGCAGAUGCUCUCCCCCGCGCAGCUCCGCUCCAUGUGGGAGGAGGAGGAGGACGGCGACGACGACGACACCAUCGCGCUCCCGCCGAGCAUCGACAUCGGCGAGCUGGCCUACGUCGCCCAGCCGCACGACAGCGUCUCCGUCGUCGAGGUCGCCGGCCGGCGGCUCAUCUUCAAGGCCGUCACCAGCCACACCAAGUUCCUCUACCAUGAGCUGCGCCUGCUGCUACACAUCCCACCGCACACCAACGUCGUCGCCCGCCCGCGCCACCUCGUCACCAAGCGCUGCGCCUUUGGCGGCGCCACCGCCGUCGUCGGCUUCACCCUCGCCUACCACCCCCGCGGCGCCGUCCGCGACCACCUCCCGCGCCUCGCCGCCCGCGGGCGCCCCUCCCUCCGCGACGAGGUCCGCUGGGCGCGCCAGCUCCUCGCCGCCCUCCUGCACUUCCGCCGCGCCUGCGACACCUUUUACUCGGACCUGCGCCUCGACAACGUCCUGCUCUCUGCCGCCGCGAAUGACCUGAUCCUCGUCGACUUUGAGCAGCGCGGCGUCUGGUCCGAGUUCGCCGCGCCAGAGGUCAACGCCAUCGAGUGCCUGCGCGGGCUCGCCGUCGACGACCGCGGCCGCCCCCGCCGCGACGACCGCGGCUCCCGCUACGCGGCGCUGCUCACGCGGAUGCUGCCCGGCUGGGAGGACCUGGUCGGCGGGGAGGCGUACGCGUGGCCCGACGCCCGCCAGGGAUUCAACGUCGCCUGGCGCUGCCUCCGCCCGGAGGAGCGCGAGUCCUGCGAGGUCUACAUGCUGGGCCGCGCGCUGUGGUGCCUGUUCGAGGCGCAGAGCGCCCCGCGCCGCGCCCUCUGGACGUCGUACGCGUGCGAGCCCGCGCACGCGGUCGAGUUCCCGGCGUACAGGCGCACGCCCCCGGAGAUGCGCCGCCUGGUCGACUGGUGCACCGCGGGGCACAUGCCCCCGCUCAGCGGCGUCGUCGCCAGGCGCGGGGACAGGCUCGUGCUGAGGCGGGAGGGGGAAAUGGCGCUGGGGGAACAGGAGGAGGAGGACGACGACGACGACGACGACGACGAGGUGCGCGAGGCCGCGAGGGCGUUUUGGAAACAACGGGUGGACCAGUCGGAGCGCUGGGUGCUCCGUUACAUCGAAAGCCGCGAGAGGGGCACCAGCUCGCCGUUUCCGGAUAGGCCGGGCCUCGCUGUUGUCGAUGCUCACUUGGAGGCGUACUUCAACAAGCUUUAG